UCCGGCCAGAUCAUCUUACAACGAUUGAGAAAAGGAUGAUCUCAUCAAAGAGCCUUGCGCUUUUCCUCAAGCCAGAAUUCUACCAUGCAAUAACCUUCAGUUUCCCUUCUCAUUUCACAGAAAGCACAUGUCGAAGAAACCAGGCGUUUGUGUACUUCCGAACGGAUUAUCCACCAGCGGAUUAUCCAGCAGUACGAGGAUGAUCUCCUCAAAGGGAACUCCGUCUGCCACAGAGGACGAACACUACCCAGUUGGCUAAUCCUUUAAUCCGCCGGCGCAGACUGAAAAGGGAUAAUCCUUUUUCUUAUGGACGUGGCGGACGGAAGCCUUUGAAAGGAUUUCCGUUCUUUUCAACGAAUGAGGAAGAAGCUACACCAGAAUGUUAUGUCCUCCAUAAAAGGACGUACUCUUUCCAUCGAAGUCAUCAUUCCACUUUUGCUCUCUGCCAACUACACAGCUCUCUACUUCCUUUAAGAUUUUUUCCCAGUCUCUUCCAUUUCAAAAUCUUCGAGAUCAACUCGUCAACGCCAUUUUUACGACGAAGCUCAACUGGCUGUACUCGACGCUGAGUUCGCAAGAGAUUCGUUUCCCAAUCGAGAAAGCCGUCGUCGUAUUGCUUUGCUGAUUGGUGUGUCAGAAAAAUCUAUUAUGUGGUGGUUUCAAAAUCGUCGACGACGUAUCCGUCAAAGAGGAUUUGAAUCUGGUGUGACAUCACAAUCUUACGAAACAACCCGUCAACAGCGUCGACCAUCUCCGUACACCCACUUUCAUCAAGUUCAACAAGAUACCUCAUCCAACUGCCUGCCAACGUCUGGGGGAUAUCCAUUAACUCAAACCUUGGGAGAACAUCCGACUGACUACUUGGCGAACGAUUCAUCAGCAAACACCGGACAAUUUCAGCCGAACAGCGAAUCGACCAGUUGCACAAGUUAUUAUCAGGAGGUGAACCCUCAAGCUGAAGCGAUUGACUAUUCUUCUGGAUAUCAACCUAGCCAUCAACAAGAGCAAGGGUAUUCUUUCUGGAACAACUGGGAAUAUGCUCCUCCUUUCUGCCCAUCGUCUGCAAACACUAUGCAGAACACAACCAGUGUGUACCAAGAAGAUCCUUACAAUUAUUCCAAUAUGUCAUAUUAUUCGUAUUAUCCUUCUGAAUUUUGUAAUCAAGUGUACAUGUAAGUGUAAAUGACGUCCU